CCAUGCACCCCCAAUUCCCGCGACCCCCGACCCAACACCCACCACUCCUCCAAAAAUAGAGCGGCUGUAGCUUGAUUAGCUGUCCAAAAGUGACUAUCUCGCCCAAGUACACUACUGAACUCUAAAGCCAUGAACGGCAACGGCGUUGCAACAGAUGCACAAAUUCUCGCCGAAAAAGCUGAGGAAUAUGAGGAAGAACAAAGAAUGCUAGAAGAGCUAGGAAUGUACAAAGGAAAGGUGAGAUUAGUUAACACUGAAGAGCCAACCGAGGAAACUAUGCUGCUUUGGGGAAUUCAACAGCCUACUUUUUCAAAACCCAAUGCCUUCGCUCGCCAGACUUCUCUACAGCUCCGUGUUGACGCGUGUGGCCGCUCUCUCUCCAUUCUACAAUCCCCUUCUAACCUGGGUACUCCUGGAGUAACUGGUUCUGUAAUGUGGGAUAGUGGAGUGGUCCUUGGGAAAUUCAUGGAGCAUGCUGUAGAAUCAGGAAGAAUUCAUCUUCAAGGCAAGAAGGUCGUUGAAUUGGGCUCUGGCUGUGGAUUAGUUGGCUGCAUUGCAGCUCUUUUGGGUGCUCAAGUUAUUCUCACUGACCUCCCAGAUAGACUGAGGCUACUGAAGAAAAAUGUAGAAGCUAAUUUGUAUGGAGAUGUAAGAGGCUCUGCAACAGUGGAUGAGCUCACAUGGGGAGAUGAGUUGGAUAAUGAUAUGAGGAAUCCUUUGCCAGAUUAUGUUCUUGGCUCAGACGUGAUAUAUAGUGAGGGAGCUGUCACAGAUUUGAUAGCAACACUUCUGGACCUCUCCGGUACUCAGACAACUGUAAUUUUAGCUGGAGAACUUCGGAAUGAUGCUAUCCUUGAGUACUUCUUACAAGCUGCUGCAGAGGAUUUCACAAUUGGCCGUGUGGAUCAAAAACAGUGGCAUCCAGAUUGUUGCAGUCCUCGAGUGGUAAUAUAUGUUUUGGUGAAGAAGCAACGGGAAUUAUGAUUGAAGGUUGUGCUCAUAACAUUGGAGACUCAUUCUCGAAAAGAUACCAACACUAAUGUCUCUGCUUCACGCCUCAUUUGCCAAGUCUUCUACUGGCUUUCUUUCUGUUUAAUCCAGUGUACCUUGGGUAGAUAAACCAAUAUCGUAAACGUUUUUCCUCAUUGACGAUUUAGUGAUUUUCAGUCAUAUAAAUGUGAUUUCCAUUUUCUAGCUAGCAAGGCUAGUUCUGCAGGUCUAUGCAUUUGGCCUGGGUCCGCUACGCUUACUCUUGUCUAAUGGUUGAACAUUUGAAGGUUGUGAUUGGAAUU